CUCCCCACCCAGCUCAGUGCACUGUGGGUGGGGCUGUUACUUUCACAGGACUUUGCUCUGACUCAGCCAGCCCCGGACACAGUGACUUCAACUUCCCGCUACUUUGGUACUUUCACUUUUGAAGCUUGCAGAAGGCCCAGGCAGGGAGGGGGCUCGGCCCAGGCCGGGGGGGCCGGCCCCAUCAAUUCAGCUACAAAUGUCACACAAGUAACGCUGAUGGGUCGGGUCUCAAACCCUCCGGCUCCGUGACCCGUGUGCGGAACUGGGUCUGCAGCCUCGGGAGGGGAGCUCUGGGCUCCGGAUCCCCAACUGCACGGCUCUGUCUGAGAUCUCCGGACACACGGCACUGAGGUCCCUUCAGAUGGGCUGUUAGCACCAAUGGGCCUCACUGAAGGGAGUCUCGGGAGACACUGGCACCUCCUGACUCUGAAUGUCAACCUGGCUGUGGGAAUGUCCCUGCAAACUCAGAGAUUUCUCUGUUCGUCUGAACACAGACUGGGACGCUGGCACAGAGCUGGGCUCCCUUUGUGACAGACCCAGCUACGAUGACGGGGAAGGUUCCCUCGUUCUCCCCCGGCUCCACAGUGAGCUCCGCUCUGCCCGGCUACGUCGCUCUCUGCCUCGCUCUACAGGUUCACAGGCUGGCGUCAGCAGAGUUCACAGUGACUGGACCUGAUCAUCCAAUCACUGCCACCCUAGGGGGUGAGGCCAUCCUGCCCUGCCACCUCUCCCCCAGGAUGAGCGCUGAGAACAUGGAGGUGAGGUGGUUCCGAUCCGAGUUCUCUGCAGUCGUGCACCUGUACCAUUAUGGGCAGGAUCAGUACGGAGAGCAGAUGCUGGAAUAUCGAGGAAGAACUGAGCUCCUGAAAGACAACAUCACCAAUGGGAGUGUUUCCCUGAAAAUACGUGAUAUCCGACCCUCUGACAAUGGACAAUACAAGUGUUUUUUUCAGUCCAGUGCCUCUUAUAAGGAUGCUUUUUUGGAACUGCAGUUGGCAGGUUUGGGCUCUGCUCCUGCCAUCUCUGUGGAGGGACAUCAGGACGGAGGGAUCCGGGUGGUGUGUCGAUCAGCUGGAUGGUACCCAGAGCCCAAGGCUCAGUGGAGAGACCUCCAGGGGAAGAUUUUACUAUCAGACUCUGCAAAAAUAUCCCCAGAGGCCAAUGGCCUGUUUCAAGCAGAGAUUGCCAUUGUUCUAACAGAAGAGUCCAACCAGAAAGUGUCCUGCUGUGUCAGGAACCUCCUUCUCAACCAGGAGAGAGAGUCAGAGAUUUCCAUAGCAGAGCUGUUUUUCCCACGAGUCAAUCCUGGGCUGGUGGCUCUGGGUGUGAUCCUGGCUGUCCUGGCUGUUCUCAUUCUCCUGGCCAGUUACUGCAUCUGGAGGCAGCACAGAGCAAAAGAGACGCUGCGAUCUGAAAUGGAGAGCGAGAAAGAGAUGCUGCGAUCUGAUCUGGAGAGCGAGAAAGCGGCGCAUCGUGCAGAGAAAGAUAAACUCCAGGCUGAGCUCAGGUGGAGACGUGCCCAGCUCUACGCAGUGGACGUGACUCUGGAUCCAGACACGGCAAAUCCCAAACUCAUCCUGUCUGAGGAUCGUAAACGUGUGAGAUGUGGACAUACACAACAGGAUCUGCCCGACAACCCUGAGAGAUUUAAUCCUUGUCCCUCCGUCCUGGGUGUUGAGGGGUUCGAGGGCGGGAGGCGUUACUGGGAGGUGGAGGUGGGAGACAAGACGAGAUGGGAUCUGGGGGUUUGUAGGGAAUCUGUGAGCAGGAAGGGAUGGGUCACAGCCACACCUGAGGAUGGAUUCUGGGUCGUGUGGCUGAGGGAGGAGGAAUACCAGGCCCUCACCUCCCCCCUGACCCCCCUCCCCGUGAGCGUCAGGCCCAGACGGGUGGGGAUUUUCCUGGACUAUGAGGCGGGCGAGGUCUCGUUUUACAAUGUGACUGACAGGUCCCAUCUCUUCACUUUCACUGACACCUUCUCCGGGACACUCCGCCCUUAUUUCUAUCCUGGUGUCAACACCUGGGGUACAAAUGCGACUCCCCUGAAAAUCUGCCCGGUCUCAGCUCAGACCGAAGGGAAUCUCUGUCCCUGACAGUGACCCCGCGGCACAGACUGGCCCCUUCCAAUGUUGCUGCUCUUCCCACCCUCCCCUCCGCCAGUGGUGGGGGCCAGGUACUGCAGCAACUGGACUUUCUGUGCUGACCGGAUGCUGCCAGUUUCCCUUUUCAACUGGAGCCUCCAGUCAAAAACCAGACACCUGAGAACCCCCAGCCCCCACCUUCCCCGUCCCCUGCCCCAGGGGUAGCAGAUGGUGGGGGAUGGGGUCAGAAUUUUCUACCCCUGAGCAGAGUCUGAGGGGAGGCACAUCACAUGGCAUUGCUAGGACUCCUUUUUGUUUUAAACAUGAUGUGUGAUGAACAUUUUCAAUGUCAUAAUUCAGUUUUGAAGAUUUAGUCACAAUAUGCCAUUCAUGGCAUGUGCCCUACACUUACCUUGAUUAUUUGAAAAUAAAUAUCCUAAAACUAUCUUU